UUGUUUUCCGUGUAUUUACUAUGGGCGGAUUUAAAAUUUUCAGGUGAUUUUUUUCCGGGUGAAUUUCAAGAUACGGCAGAAUAGCUUUUUGUUUUCUUUCCUUCUCGCGUGAUAUAGUGUCUUUCGUUUAUGGGAAAGAGUAGCAGUAACAGCUGAUUUUAGUGGUGUUUAAUGAGCUGCUCUAGGUUACGCCAGGUUAAGAUAUCUCACAAAAUUGUGUUUCAUGAGGGUAUUUCCCGCUUUAACUUACUCUCCUUUUUGUUUCAUGAGCCUGCGCUAAGUGUAACUGGAGCCACUAAGAGCACAAUUUUUUGCCCUAGCUUUUUUGAUGCAAUAACUUAGAGCACGAUUUUUUGCCCCAGCUUUUUUGAUGGAGUAACUUAGAACAAUCAACUGUUUUGAGAAUUUCUGCCUGAAAAGUGUUUCAUGAGAUUUCUGAUCUGAGUUGCUUUAACUUGAUCCAUUUUUUUUCUCUGUUUUUUUCUUCGAUUUCGAUUUUAUUAAACAGUACUUUUAAAAACGACACUGCCACUGCGCUCUUGUAGUUUGGGCUUUACGCAGAAAUGCUUCAAUGCAAUGCCACCCUGCAGGACCGAUUUUAGGAAUGUCAUACAAAGCAUAAAAGCAAAAGAAUUUCGGGAACAGUGGGUAAAGGAAAAAAAGUAAAUUUAAGGUCUGCCGUUUAGUGAAAAUUAUAAAAAUUGUUCAGAAAAGCGAUAUUAUUUAUAGAAAUGUACUGUCAAUAAUGAGGCGUUUACCAGACGUGAAAGCAACAAAAAAUUAAAUAUAGAUUUCUCGGCACCAUAUGAAAUGCCAAAAUGUUGACGAUGACACCAUACGAAUAAAGAAAACAAUCCAUUUUACGCGACGGUAAGUUCUAUCAUUACUUAUCUCAUACAAAGCAGAGGCUAGCGACAAAAACAGCGAACCAAAUAGAUUUAACCUAAAGUACAGUCGCUGACGCAGAGGGCGGACGCAGUAAUUGUGCGGCAGUUUGCAACACGCCCGCCCACUAAGCACCUCAAUACCGUAGCGAUACAACGGAAACCACCAACACAACAGAACAACCACAAUUAAUAAGGCAACAAUAUUUAAUAUACCAAGCAUUAAUAUUCAAACAACGCACAUAUUUACACAUUGGAUUUGAGGACGGUGACAUUAGCCAGAGGAAGAGUGAUAAUAAUAACAAUCGUACAAUAAGUAAUUAACACCAAAUAUGGCUAGCAUAUCCGACCGGAAACGAAAUACGUUUUUAAGUUACGUUGCACCCUCUCCGGGAGAUAUUCCUAGACAAGAGGGCAGCGAUGAUUGGCUUCCAACAGAGCUGCGUGACCUUCAUUUAGCUAAACCGCGUUUGUUACCCAAUGAACUUGUUGUAGCAUCAGCACCUGCAUACCUUUUUUCUGCGAUAAUGCCUGCGCCUACUGAGGGCAGUGAACUCGAUAUGUCGCGACAGGCGGUAUUUGGCUUGCUAAGUGUCACGAAUUUUAAAAUGGCAUUUGUCCCCCUACAGCGCCAACAGCAAGAAACUCUUCCACAGGAAUCAUACCAGGAACACUUAUAUCUCCAACGCAACGAUGUGACACUCAAUAAUAUUGACUACGUAUACCAGUUAGCGGAGGGUGGUAGAGUAAGCGUACGAGCACUCAGCGGCGGUAACAAACGCAAAAAACUCGACGCACAACAAAAAGUAAUGAGUAGCCGCAUCACAGCACUUCAUAUUAUUUGCAAGAAUUUUCGACUCCUCAAAUUCGCCUUCCAGCAGUCGAGGUCUGGUUCUGAUUAUGGUAAACUUAUUGCUUCGGCGCUGGCGCGAUUCGCCUAUCCAUCACGCCAUGAUCUGAGUUUCGCAUACUGUUACCGUGAGCCAUAUUAUUCCAUGUUGGGCAAAUCCAGUGUGACCAUGUACAGCACAAAAAACGAUUGGGCACGAGAAUUAAUUCGAUGUGGGGCCAAUGAGUGGCAGGUUGUGAGUGCCGAAAAUGUGCCCCAAUUGCAAAAUUUAUUACAAGCACCAAAGUAUACGCUGCCUCCUCACUUUGUCAUCCCUAAAUGCUGCACAGUUGACAGAUUUCUAGACCUAUCCCGAGCAUUCUACGACUCACGGGCGGCUUUUUGGGUAUUUGGUUAUGGUAACGCAUCGUUAGUCCGUUUGGCCGAAUUGAAGCCUGCGAUGCAGCAAGACACUAAAGUCGAGAACGUGACACUUGAGCUGGUAAGAAAAUGUGAUGAACGACGCACACUUAAACUGCUGCAGUUGACAGAUCGUCUUCCUAGUAUCCAAGAUGUGCAAAGAGCAUAUCUGAAGUUUCGACGCCUAUGUACGCCCGAAAGUCC